AUGCACAGUUUAUGUGCAGGUUGAGACUCGCCGGAAUUGACUGAAUAAUACAUAAGACUGGCCCAAUGGCGAAUGUUGUGGAAAAAACCGCCACCAGGGCAACCAGAUAGGUAGUUGGUAUAGGCCUAGACGCAUCGAUCAUUAUUAUAACACCAAUAUACACGCAAUGCUAUAGCCAGACUGUUUUCCUUCGAUAAAUUCACAACAACUGACGCUAAACAUGGAUUAUGUAUCUCCAAUCGUCGAUUGUUCUGCCUGCAGUCCGGAUAAUAUCGACUUCGAUCCGACAUCGGACGAAUGCCAGAAGGUCUCUGAAGAACUCCACCGGGCUUUUACCGACGUCGGCUUUGCCUUCAUCAUCAACCAUGGCAUCUCGAAUAAGGAGAUGGCCGAUAUGUGGAAAAUGUCCGAUGAUUUCUUUGACCUUCCAAAAGACAUAAAACAGAAAGCUUUGAGGGCCAAGGGAGGUGGAACAAUGGGGUGGACGCCAGUCGAACAAGAAGUUGUUUCAGGUUUAGAGGGAGACCGGGCUGACUAUAAGGAAGAUUAUAACUACAUACCGCACAUGGUGGACUUUGAUGGUACCAGGGAUAAUAUUCCGGUACGUCACAACAAUAAUGAUCGUCUUGAGUGGCCCGAAGAUGAUAUACCUAAUUUUUGUCAAUCACACGCAACGUUCUUUAAGCGACUACACAAGUUGUCAAUACAUUUUCUGCGAUUAUUUGGAAAAGCAUUGGCUCUUCAGGACGCUGACGCUAUUGCUAAACUUCAUUCUAAAAUUGGGCAACCAGGCAACAUGACAUCACUCCGCUUCUUGAAAUAUCCACCAAUCAAAGAAGGUGUCACCAGUGGUCAACGACUUGGCGCACACAAAGACUUUGGCACUCUAACUAUAAUGAUGCAGAGGGAUGUUGGAGGCCUCGAGUUACAAACACGAUCUGGUGAAUGGGUGUACGUCGAACCAAGAGAAGGGAUUUUCACUUUGAUUCCGAGUGAAUCCUUUGAAUUCCUCACGUCGGGAGGAUACGAAGGGGCGGUUCACCGCGCUGGUCUUCCAGCACUUCACGAAAAACGGCGGCUGCACACCAGACGGUCGGCAGCAUUCUUUGUCAAUCCGGAUAACCACAGUCUCAUUGCCCCCUUGGAUGGCUCAGACAGUAUUCCUGGCCAUUUGCACCAAACAUACCUCUUUCAAAAGUUCAAAGCAAUGUAUUAAAGGGGUAGUACGACAGGCAGGAGCUUGGGGUAUGCCGAGAAUAACGGCUUGACUGUAUAAAAGAUAGGCCGGGUCUAUUUGGCAAGCCGCUCGCGGAACAGGCAUCUUUUUUUGUCCUGUUUGGAGAGCCGCUUGCCAAACAGCACUAAAAAGCCACCCUGUUCGGCCAGCCGGGCUUGCCAAACAGGUAAAAAAUCUACCCUGUUUGGCGAGCUGGAGACUUUACUUUAAUAUUAAUGAGUUCGGCUCGCCAUUCAGGACAAGAAAAAGUCGCUGUUUGGUAAGCCGGGCUUGCCAAGUAGUCACUUCCUAAAAGAUACGCCAUUAUCCGCAUCACUCGGGGAGGUUUGUUUAGAUCGACCAAGCCCCUCCCUCUACAAGAGAUGAGCGCAUUUCGUCAGCCUCGGUGGACUAUUAAAGGUAGUGUUGGAGGAACAAUCCCUAUUAACCGCAGUGCAUUUAUCAUGGUUAUAGUUCGCACAAAAUAUAAUAAAGUGGGAAGACCACGUAGUUUUUCUCUAGUUUUUGGAUUGGUAUCAAGCAACUAGAAUGUACAAACAAUGUGGUAUACAUAUCAAGCUCAUAUUAGGCGACCACUCUGCGCCUCUAGUCAAAAACGUCAUUGGAACGUUUAAAAAGGUACGAUCAACCACGGAGGAAUAGGAUUUCAAGUAUGGAGGUUCCUCUACUCAGGAGAAUUUAACACUGACAAAAUCGUUAUCUCGCCUACGGAGAGUGAAACUUUCUCUCGGGACAUCACUUGUUUACGCAAAGUGCCCGAAACGUCAUUGUGAACGGCUAUCUCAUUGUCGUCGAACAAUGAGAUAGGCGUUCACGUUGGCGUUUCGGGGGAUUUGCGAAAACUCCCUAUUGAUGUAAGCAAAGUUGACUUUUAUUUAGCAUGUUUGGAAGAACAUUUAUACCGUUAGGUGUAGUAAUGUGAUCUUAGCAAUGCAGUUUCUGUUCUU